ACCAAAUCUACUUUCAUAGUUAUUAUUUAAUUUGUGUACUUUGAGUCAAAGAGAUACAAAACAGCAAAAUUCUGUCACGUACUUAGGGGCUGCAGUGCGCGUCAGAUUUGAAGAGGCUAAACCGCAGCUUUAACUAGAGUGCACUUCGUAAACAAAUCCACUAGAGUGCAGUACUGUAAAACAAAGACAGAUUUUGCCCAAUUAGGCAUUAAUUUAAGAUAACAUUAAAAAUCUACAAUAUUAGUUGAUUAUAGUCUACAGUACAGUCAAUUCUAAUACAAUUUGCCAGCAAAGUGUAACUUAUGUAUUGUGUAUGAAAACCACACAGGUCUGCAUAGGAUAAUACGUUAUUGAGCAUUUCCAUGUACCUUUGUCUCAAAAAUCAAGCUGAAAAAAUUAUUUAAAAAAAUAAAAUCAGCAAUAUUAACAGCAUACCAAUAUAAAAUGCAAAUGGUUAUGCCUGUUCACCAAACUAGGUCUUUAUUCAUGUCCUAGUGUAUAUAUCCAGGUUCAACAGUGGUACAGAAUAUGGAAUGAAAUCAUUCUUAAACAUUUCUCCUGCAGUGUGUUAAACAUAUUCAUUCCCAUGUAAUUACAUCGUAAUGCUGAGUGAUUUUAAAGCGGUAGCACAGAAUGUUGAGGUCACAUAACCAUAUAACUGGAACUUUACACCACUGUUACCCACUCUUCUUAAAACACAACUGGUUACAUAAUCAAACAUAACAAGAAAAUGCACAUUUCGCAAUAAAUGGAUACUUUUUUUUCCCUGCAUAUACAAAUAUCUUUCACUUAGUCUAAGUUUUUGUACACCUUUUUCAAGCCAGCUGUCCCCUAGCACAAAGGACCCUGUUUACAGACCCAGCAGAAGCAACCUUAUUUCAGCCAACACUAAAAUAUGCUGAAUGUUUAUUGUGCAGCUCAGUGAUUGCAAUCCUGCAGCACUAAAAAGUCCCCCAGGAGCAGGGUGAUUAGACGAUCUGCAGAGAGAGAUAUGUGUAAGGCUAUAAUUUCCGUCUAACUACUUAAAUCAAGCUCCCAGCUUAAUUAUAGCUAGUAAAGUAGAAAAAUAUGCUGAAGAUCUGAAUAAAGGCAGGUUCUCGAUAAACUAGGUUCUUAUCAAUCUAGUAAUUCUUUUCAGCGCUAGACAGGCCUUUAAAAAAACUAAGCAUUUAAACAGUGGUUCACAGUUUUGGAGAUCCGUGAAGAGGUGCAUGUCAUCCUGUGAUGUGCUCUACUCAGCUGCACCACGGUGUUUGGCCCAGUAACGGCAUCCACACUGUAUAUCCGGUUUCCUUGGAAUUAGCAGGAAUGAGCAGGAAUAAGCAGGAAUAACGGUGUUCCUGUUCUCCAUGUCAAACUCUCGAAAGGUACUCCAGGACUACGCGAGGGCAAAACAGAAGGGUUACCUUGGACAUAAUGCUCACAGAAGAUGGAGGCUCCUGAGUAUUUGGACUUAGAUGAGAUUGAUUUCACUGACGACUUAGCUUACACAUCAAAGAGCAUUCCAGAACUUUGCCGGAGAAAUGAUGGACAGGCUGAAGAGAGACAAGCUCCAGGAAUCAACUGGGGUCGAAGUGCCUCACUGCACAGUGGAAGUGGAAUCAAACCCACAGGAAUUGCUGAUGUGUACAGUAAAUUCAGACCUGUUAAAAGGGUCUCACCACUUAAACAUCAGCCAGAAGUUUUGGACACUGAGACUGACAAUAAGAGUCCUGGGCAAAGUGUAGAGGGAAACAAGGAAGAACCAUCCUCUAAAGGGCUCCAAACAAGUAUGACUCCAGGUGACAUUCAGGGGCUCAAGUGCAAAAGUAUUGCUAAUGGAGCACUUUUGGGGGAACUGGAACACUAUGACUUGGACAUGGAUGAGAUACUGGAUGUGCCUUACAUUAAAUCCAACCAGCAAAUGGCAACCCUCCCGAGAGUCACCUCUGAGAAGCGUCCUUCAGGGAGCAGUGCUGGUGAUCGGUGUCUUGGUGUACAUGCGUCAUCCCAUACGCAUGCUGAGUCUGUAGGUGGCGGGACGCAGUUUUGCGUGCUCUCGCCCAUCAACUGGCCGGACAUGAGAAAGUCAAAGUCAAUGGAUCCAGACUAUCUCAGGACGGUUGGCUAUGACCACUCUCCAAGCUCACUGCACUGCUCCAUAUCCGAGGCAGAUAAACUGUUAUCAAGCAGAUCUUUUCCAGAUACACCAACCCACAAGGCUGGGACAGAUAAUCUGGGUAGCCAACCUUUGUUCCCUAUACAAGGAGGUGCAGUGGGAAGACUUGACAGUGCAAAGUCUUGGAGCAGUUCAAGAGCAUUUGGGGAAUGCGAUGAGGAAACAAAGAAGUCUCCAAAUAUUAUCAACAUUGUCCGGGAGGGGCAGAUCUCGCUGUUGCCUCACUUUGCAACCGAGAGCCUGGAGCUUAUUCGAGAUGAGGACGGGAACAAUCUUCUUCAUAUAUCUGCUGCCCAGGGGCACGCUGAAUGCCUGCAACACCUCACUUCCCUGAUGGGGGAGGACUGUCUCAACGAGCGUAACAAGCAACAACUCACUCCUGCUGGUCUGGGGGUUAGGAAUGGACAAUUGGAGUGUGUGCGUUGGAUGGUGAGUGAGACAGAGGCCAUCGCAGAGCUUAGCUGCACACGUGACCACCCCAGUCUUAUCCAUUAUGCAGCACGAUAUGGCCAGGAAAGGAUUUUGUUGUGGCUGCUGCAAUUUAUGCAAGAACAAGCCAUCUCACUGGAUGAAGUGGAUCAGAAUGGAAACAGUGCAGUACAUGUUGCUGCCCAGUAUGGCCAUCUAGGCUGCCUUCAGACACUGGUAGAGUAUGGCUCGAAUGUCACAGUGCAAAACCAGCAGGGGGAGAGACCCUCUCAGUGUGCCGAGCGUCAGGGUCACACGACCUGCUCACGUUACCUGGUUGUGGUGGAGACCUGUAUGUCCCUGGCAUCACAGGUGGUGAAGCUUACCAAACAGCUCCAUGAACAAUCUACAGCAAGAUUAGCACUCCAGAAUCAAGUUCAGAUGCUGUUACAGUGCCAAGACCCUAAUGGAAGACCACGGUCACCUAGUUCACUUAUUGCCUCAGUUGAGGCUUGGCCAGAAAUGACCCUGACUGCAGAGGUUGCCCCGGGUGAUGGGCAGUGGGUUCUGAGGCAAAGGAAUGUGGACUCAGACGCAGUCUUGCGCAGGCUUCUGGGAAAAGACAUCGCAGAGAGAGUGAGCUCCAAGGAGAAGCUCACUAUGGAAUUCCAAGAGGGUGCAGUAGAUAAUGCCAGCGGGAUAGACGUGGGGAUGGGGCCUGGUGCAGGGCCACCGAGGAGACUGGGUGUGGUGGAGAAGCGGGAACUGAAACUGGCCCGUCUCAAACAGAUCAUGCAGCGUUCCCUCAGCGAGUCAGACACGGAUGCCUACCCUCCGGAUGAGCACAAGCAGGCCUCGGGUGUCUCCAGGCCCGAGAGACCAACCCAGCUUCCCAUAGCGGAGAAUGAGGAGUCAGUGUCUGGGCUGCACCUACUUAUGAAGAAGCAUGCCUCAGCUGCAGAGCGCAAGUUCUCAUUUGCACUCCGGACAUCCAAAUCUAUGGAUGGGUACAAUCCUUCUCCGACGUCUGACAACAGUGACCUUGAUCAUGAAACUAAGACUGAAUUGGUGGGGGAGUUUGCUGAAUUUAACAGUGGGCAAAAAGUCACAAGUCCAAAGAGUGCUCUUAAAUCGCCCUCCUCUCGUAGGAAAACUUCACAGAGCCUUAAACUCAGGGUGACGUUUGAUGAAGCACCGGUUGUCCACAAGGAUGGUCAAGCAGGAGAGGUAAAAGGAGCUUCUAGCAAAGAAAAGACUUCAGAAUCAGGGAAGCGACCCUUUGGAACAUUCCGCUCCAUCAUGGAGACGCUGAGCGGGAAUCAGAACAGCAACAACAACAAUGGUCAGUCCACAUCUCCAGGCAAACAUUCUGCUUCUAGUUCAGCACAGGGUCUGGCUGGGAAAAAAAAUGAUGCUAAAGCCAGUCCAGGUGGUCUGUCCAAAUGCAAAAACAAGACAAGCGCUGUUUAAGUGCCUUGCUCUGAGGGUGCUGAGAGUACAGCAGUGCCCUCAUUUUUACUUAAAGUGGUUAGCAAAAAAACAGACUGUCCAAGCAUUUAACUGUAUGUUCUUGACAAUGAUUGACAAAUAUCUGAACAUACAUUUGGAAAUCAGGCACUUUGCAAACUCAAAGCAUUUUAGCAUCCUAGUUUUUGGAGCCACUGUAUAUAGGACAACUAAUUUUCACACAGUCAGAAUUUCAGUGUUACAUAGUAUAAGUGGAACUGUUAAAAUACUUAAGUAACAACACUGUGAUUUUAUACAAUCAUGAUUUCAUUAUAUAGUUAGGUGUGACUCAGAAGCAAGAUCAACCUUUGCUUACAAAUGUGUUUUAGAAACCUGAAUGCAAUAGAAACCAUAAAUAAACCAUACUAGUUUAGUGACUUUUCUGUAGGUCUGUGUUAAGGAAUGGCAUGUUUAUAACCACCACAGUACUGCAUCACUUUGCUGAACUCUUUCUACGAGGAAAAGCAUGUUUUACCAUUUCUCCUGAAAACAGUCAUCUACCAUAGAAGUAUAGAUGGGCAGUACUGGGUACCUGUUUUCCUAAUUCUGCCCCAUUAAAUCAUAUUUUCCACUUUUUAUGAUUAAACGUAUCUGUAAUGUGUAGGUUUUUUUUUUCCAUUUUAAAAUUCAUUUGAGUAAUAAUUUAAUUAUGUAUGGAGGAAAAAAUGACAACCAUUGUAACAUCUAAAGAUAAAAAUAAAUGCAUUUACUUGUUGAUA